CUUGUUAUCAGAAACAAAUCAGAAAGAGGAGAAACCGAAUUAGAGAGAUCGGUAAGAGAAAACAAAGAAAAGUGGCUUCCAUUUUCUGAUUCAGAAAAUAAAAUUGAAGGGAAAAAGCAGAGAUUUAAAAAUGUAAGUAAAAUUUGAAAGGUAAAAGGGCAUAUUGAAGAAGAAGUUACACGGUUUUCAAGAAACAAGCGAGAAUUCAAGAAAAUAAUAGCUGAGUGUUUUUGUGAUUGUUAUUUGGCUGAAUCGAAUCAGGAGCUUCAAUAAGGUCAGCCCAAUAAUUUUUCUCUGUGAUAUGAUAUUUUUCUCAAUGUUUGAAACUUCUGUUCUUUUAUGAUUCGUUUACUUCAUUCAAGUUUGAAUUCUGUGAAUGAAAAUCUGAAUUUGAAGUUAAGAAUUCAAGCUUGAAACUUUUAUUAAAAAAUUGGCCUUUAGGUUAUUAGGAAUUUUGUGGAAAUACAUAAACUGUGGUGGGCUUACUUGGAGUUACAGGGAGGUAUCUUUAUGGGGUUAUGAAGCUUAGUUAAAUGAAAGAGUUUGUGCAUUUUAGUCGUGGUUUUGUGCAUAGUGUUGAAAAUUUGGAAGGUUUUCGGAUUGGGUUUUUGGAGGGAGAGUUAAUUUAAUUGAAAAUUUGAGAUCUCUGGGCCAAGUAUUUUGUGACAAUUGAGUUUUUGGAGAUGGGUUUCGGUUUGACAUCGUUAGGGUUGUUGUCAGAAGGAUUAAAUGUUGUUUGGAAGAUGGGUUUUUGGAAUUGGAAUGGAAUUUAAUUUGAGGUUCUCUAUCAUUGUUGUCUUGAAGAGUGCUUCUUUUACAUGGAUUUUGAGUGUUGAAAGAACCAGAGAGAUGCAACCUCCACAUCAUCAUUCGCGGAUCGAUCUUACUGAGCUUAAAGUUCAGAUUGUGAGGAAACUUGGGCCGGAGAUGUCCAAGCAGUAUUUUCAUUACUUGAAUAGCUUCUUCAGUUUGAAGCUGAAUAAGGUUGAGUUCAAUAAGCUUUGUCUUAGCAUUCUUGGGCGGGAGAAUAUUCCACUACACAAUCUGUUUAUUCGAUCAAUACUGAAAAAUGCUUGUAGUGCAAAAGUCCCACCACAGGCAACUUACAAUGAUGUUGUGAAGCAUAGUACACAAGUUAAUAUCAAAGAGAUUCCGACUGAUGGUUAUCGUCAAAAUAAACCCCAAUCCACCAUGACCCAGGCUUCUGGCUUGCCAGGUUCGGCUUACGGAGGUGACAUAUUACUGGUUUCACCCAAAAAAGCCAGGACAGGCUCCCGUGAUCGGAGGACUGGAGAACGUCGUAGUGUACUUGGACCAAAUGGUGAAACCAGUUUUGCAUCUCAGCACUCGACUGCUACACAGUCAAGCGAUUUCAAUGUCAUCUUGGAGAAUGGGACUCUUAAUCCACUUGAUAUUGGGAGGCCAAUGCAGCAUCAUCAAGAACCCAUGCAGCAAGCUGGGAAUGAAACGAUAAAGACAUCAUCAAAUGGUCCAGUUUCUGUACAUAACAAUGACUUGACUGAAUUGCUUGUAAGAGAUGAAGGGAAAGAGGUCUAUUCAAAGAAACUUCUUAGAGCUCCACUUGGGAUUCCACUAUGCUCAGUCAGCAUUGGCGGGGGGCGCAAAGCUCUGCCUCUUUCAAGUAGCAGUAGAUAUUUUAGCACUUAUAACAAUGGUGCUUUGUUAGACAAUCUAACAUUAAGGGAAAGAAUGGAGCAGAUUGCUGCCACACAGGGUCUCGAAGGGGUGUCAAUAGACUCUGCCAACAUGCUAAACCAUGGUUUGGAUUGUUACAUGAAAAAUUUAAUCAGGUCUUGCAUUGAACUUGUUGGUGCUAGGUGUGGGCAUGAUCUAACAAAAAGUAAUAUCCACAAACACCAGGCAUAUAUGAAGCUUGUUAAUAGUGUCAGACCAGGUCAUCAACAGCAGAUGCAAAUUAGUGGUCGGCCUUUGGAUUUUCAAGAACAGAAAGCCCACUGCCCCAUUUCCUUGCAGGAUUUUAGGGUUGCCAUGGAGUUGAAUCCUCAGCAACUAGGCGAAGACUGGUCGUUGCUGCUAGAGAAAAUAUGUACUCAUGCAUUUGAAGAAUAACGGGUCUUGAGCUCAUCAUUUUUCUCCAGUUAAGUUUAAAUGGUGUCAGACCAGGUCAUCAACAGCAGAUGCAAUUCGGCCUUUGGAUUUUCAAGAACAGAGAGCCCACUGCCCUUUUUCCUUGCACGAUUUAGGGUUGCCAUGGAGUUGAAUCCUCAGCAACCAGGCGAAGACUGGUCGUUGCUGCUAAAGAAAAUAUGUACUCAUUCAUUUGAAGAAUAACGGGUCUUGAGCUCAUCAUUUUUCUCCUGUUAAGUAUAAAUACGUUCUUGUUAAAACAGAAAGGCAUGCUUCUGAUGUUUUCCAGCUGGGCCACUGGAUGGCCUUGAUAUGGUGGUUUCUCGUACAUUAGCCUUUUGAACCAGUGCCAUUAAAGUAAAACUCCAUAUCUUACGAGAUGACAGGGACGAGCAGGUAUUGGUAUUUCAUCCUGCUACACGGCUUCACUUCCUUGGGAAGUGGCUGAUCAUCAGCAACCAAGAAUUCAGAUGAGAAGAUGCCCAUAUUUUUUUGCAAUGUUGUACAAUUAGCUUAUUUCUCACUUCACUGUUCCGCUUUCUCUUGUAUUUACCGAGUCUAGAAAGUUUAGAACAGUUUUGCAGGAAUAAUUUGUGCAGUUCAAUAUUUCAGCCAAAAAAGUUGGAAUUGCAAUGCAAGAGCUAUGUGAAUGUACCAAGAUUAAGAUUGAUUGGUAUCCGAAUAUUAGCAACAUGUCAUAUAAUUUGCUAUCCCAGCUUUAUACUGAAGUUUGCAUAUUGGCUUACUGUGUAUAUCACAAUCUUCAGUUUGUAUUUC